GGUUGUUGUGUACGUGGACGCAGCUGGCGCAUGCGCACGCGCGCUGUCCGACCCCGCUGAGGGCCGGGCUGAGGGGGGCGGAAAAAUCGUCCUGGUCUCGGGGGAGACCGCCGGGGUCAUGACAGCCCGCUGACCAGGCCCGCGGCGUGGAGACGCGAGGCGAGGCCCCAUCCGCCUCCCUCUGCUCCGGGCCUCAGGCCGCGAGGCCGGUCCCAGCCCUUCCGGCUCCGGAUCACCGCCGCCGCUGAGGCGGCCGAGGAGCGGCGAUGAGCUGGUUCAACGCCUCGCAGCUCUCCAGCUUCGCCAAGCAGGCGCUGUCCCAGGCCCAGAAGUCCAUCGACCGGGUCCUGGACAUCCAGGACGAGGAGCCGGGCGCCUGGGCCGACACCAUUCCCUACGGAGAGCCGGGCUUAAGUCCCCCUGCCAGUGGAGGAUGGGACACUUCAACCUGGGGAUUGAAGUCCAACACUGAACCACAGAGUCCACCAACGGCCUCUCCUAAAGCCAUUACAAAGCCUGUGAGAAGGACUGUAGUAGAUGAAUCUGAAAGUUUCUUCAGUGCCUUUCUCUCUCCAACGGAUGUCCAAACUACUCAGAAGACUCCGGUGGUAUCAAAGCCUCCAGCGAAAUCACAACGACCGGAAGAAGAAGUGAAAAGCACUUUACAUGAAUCCUUGUUCUCUGGACAAUCAGGAGCUGCAGAGACAACUGAGUCAGAAGUGAGAGACCCAGUGUGUGUACCAGGGAAAACUGUGGUGGUAGAGUCUCCAUCACCUCAAACUGAAGGCAAACAUGAAGAAACUGUUGAUAAAGAGUCUGAGAUGAAGGUACCUGCUGUAUGCUUGAAGGUGUCUGAGAACGUGCUUAAUGCAAAAACACCUUCAGAGAGUGUAUCUAACAUGACUGCACCGUCUCUCACAGCAGAAACAAAGGACAUGGCUUUGGAAGCGAAGGAGCAGAAACAUGAAGACAGACAGAGCAACACACCCUCUCCUCCUGCUAGUACUUUCUCCUCAGGUACUUCUACCACUAGUGAUAUUGAAGUUUUAGAUCAUGAAAGUGUAAUAAGUGAGAGCUCGGCAAGUUCAAGACAGGAGACUACAGAUGCCAAAUCAAGUCUUCACCUGAUGCAGACAUCUUUUCAGCUUCUCUCUGCAUCUGCUUGUCCUGAAUAUAAUCGUUUAGAUGAUUUCCAGAAGCUCAACGAGAGUUGCUGCUCAUCGGAUGCUUUUGAAAGAAUUGACUCAUUUAGUGUACAGUCGUUAGAUAGCCGAAGUGUCAGUGAAAUCAAUUCAGAUGAUGAGCUGUCAGGCAAGGGAUAUGCUUUAGUGCCCAUUAUAGUUAACUCUUCAACUCCAAAGACUAAAAUAGUUGACUCUGUUGAGGGAAAAACUGAAGAAGAAGUUAAUGAUGAAACAUUAGUUAUACCGACUGAGGAAGCAGAAAUGGAGGAAAGUGGACGCAGUGCCACACCUGUUAACUGUGAACAGCCAGAUACACCGGUUGAACAGCCAGAUACUCUGGUGGCUUCUGUGCCCACAAGUGAAGGAUGUGAUCCUGGCUUAGAAGAGGGAUCUGAGCAGUGUGAAGUGGCAGAAAGUCAGCCAGAAGCUCUUUCUGAGAAGGAGGAUGUUUGCAAGACCAUUGAAUUUCUGAAUGAGAAACUGGAAAAAAGGGAGGCUCAGUUAUUAUCUCUUAGUAAAGAAAAAGCACUUUUAGAAGAAGCUUAUGAUAAUUUGAAAGAUGAAAUGUUCAGAGUCAAAGAAGAGAGCAGCAGCAUUUCUUCCUUGAAAGAUGAGUUUACUCAGAGGAUUGCAGAAGCAGAAAAGAAAGUGCAACUAGCCUGCAAAGAGAGAGACGCUGCUAGAAAGGAAAUAAAAAAUAUGAAAGAAGAACUUGCUACUAGAUUAAAUAGUAGUGAAACUGCAGACCUUUUGAAAGAGAAAGAUGAACAGAUUCAAGGCUUAAUGGAAGAAGGAGAAAAACUUUCAAAGCAACAGCUACAUAAUUCUAAUAUUAUUAAGAAAUUAAGAAUUAAAGACAAAGAAAGUGAAACUACUAUUGUAAAGCUGAACAAAAAAGCUAAAGAGCAAGAAGAAGAAUUGCAGCAUUUAAAACAGGUCCUUGAUGGCAAAGAAGAAGUUGAGAAACAACAUAGAGAAAACAUUAAGAAACUAAAUUCUGUGGUAGAACGCCAAGAGAAAGAUCUUGGCCGCCUUCAAGUAAACAUGGAUGAACUUGAAGAAAAGAACCGCAGUAUUCAGGCUGCCCUGGAUAGUGCAUACAAAGAACUUACAGAUCUUCACAAAGCCAAUGCUGCAAAGGAUAGUGAGGCACAGGAAGCUGCUCUGAGUCGUGAAAUGAAAGCUAAAGAAGAACUUUCUGCAGCCCUAGAUAAGGUUCAAGAGGAAGCCCGUCAGCAACAAGAAACAUUAGCAAUUCAAGUGGGGGACCUGAGACUGGCACUGCAACGUGCAGAGCAAGCAGCUGCUAGAAAAGAGGAUUAUUUACGCCAUGACAUCAGUGAGCUUCAGCAGAGACUCCAGGAAGCAGAGAAUCGAAACCAAGAACUGAGUCAAAGUGUUUCAUCAACAACAAGGCCACUUCUUCGUCAAAUAGAAAAUUUGCAAGCUACCUUAGGGUCCCAGACAUCAUCGUGGGAGAAGGUGGAGAAGAAUCUUUCUGACAGGCUUGGUGAAUCCCAAACCUUGUUGGCGGCAGCAGUUGAAAGAGAGCGUGCAGCUACCGAAGAACUCCUUGCCAACAAAAUUCAGAUGUCUGCAGUGGAAUCACAGAAUGCUCUCUUAAGACAGGAAAACAGUAGAUUUCAAGCCCAACUGGAAUCAGAGAAAAGUAAGCUAAGAAAACUAGAGGAUGAAAAUAAUCGGUACCAGGUUGAAUUAGAAAACCUAAAAGAUGAAUAUGUAAGAACACUGGAAGAGACAAGGAGAGAAAAGACGCUGUUGAAUAGUCAGUUAGAAAUGGAAAAACUGAAAGUUGAACAAGAAAGGAAGAAAGCCAUUUUCACCCAGGAAGCAAUGAAAGAGAAGGAACAAAAGCUAUUUUCCGUUUCCAGCACUCCCACCAUGUCACGCUCAAGUUCAAUAAGUGGAGUUGAUAUGGCAGGGCUACAGACAUCUUUUCUGUCUCAGGAUGAGUCUCAUGAUCAUUCAUUUGGACCAAUGGUUACAUCAGCCAGUGGAAGCAACCUUUAUGAUGCUGUGAGGAUGGGAGCUGGAUCGAGUAUUAUUGAAAGUCUGCAGUCUCAGCUGAAGCUACGCGAAGGAGAAAUUACCCAUUUACAGAUGGAAAUUGGCAAUCUAGAAAAAACUCGAUCAAUUAUGGCAGAAGAGUUAGUUAAAUUAACAAAUCAAAAUGAUGAACUUGAGGAGAAAGUAAAGGAGAUACCCAAACUUCGUACUCAGUUAAGAGAUUUGGAUCAAAGAUACAACACUAUUCUGCAGAUGUAUGGAGAGAAAGCAGAAGAAGCAGAAGAACUUCGUUUAGAUCUUGAAGAUGUAAAAAAUAUGUACAAAACUCAAAUAGAUGAACUUUUGAGACAAAGACUGAGUUAACUUCUGAAAAUGGAAUUCCUACCAACCUGAAUGUCAACAUCUAAUAUCUAAAUGCAGACUUCCAAUAAAUUGUUUUAUAGCAUUAGAAAAUAAGAUUUACUGGAGAGAGCAAAGUUUUUUAUACCUGUUUUACAGUAUGUAGUUAUAUUUGCAGUUAAAUUAUUUUGUGCAAUAUUUGAACAUUAUUUUUAAAGCUAUUCUUUAAAGAUUUAUUUUUUAAAGCAUCCAAUUUCUUUUGCCUUGAGUAGCACAGAGACUUGUUACUUUACUCACUAAUGACUAUGGCUAGCGGGAGAGAGUGGUGUUCAUAUAUAAUUGUACAUAUAUAAUUAGUUGUAUCUAUAAUUUAUACAUGUUUAUUGUAUAUAUUGAGAAUGUUUAAAGGCAAUAUUAACAUAUUAAAACUUUAAAGUCUUUCACACUUAAAUCUUCAUAUAUCUGGUAAAAACAUUUUUUAACUAUUCAAGUAAAAAACUAUUGAACCUGUGGUUGUUAAAUUUAAACAUUUUUCUCUUAAAAGUUGAAGUUACACUGAUGCUAUCUGAAGUUUAAAGAGUGAAAAAUUUAAAUUAAAACAAAAUUUUUUUACUUGAGAUUUUACAUCAUUGAGGUUCCAUAAUUAAAUGUGAACUAAGUAUGGUACCUUUUGGUGCCAAAGAAAGCUACACACUCAAAAUUACCAAGGCAUAAUUGGAUAGUGGAAAAUUACUUAAGUUGUGAUGCCAUCACUAACACAUAAGUAAUUUUGAGAAAGUUAUUCACUCAUUAUAAAAUGAACCAAAACUAAUAAAAUUAUUAUAAUUUAUUCCUUAAAACUACUUGUAUACAUUUUAUAAAGUCAUAUUUUUGGCACAUGAAUAAUGAAUUGCUUUACUAUUAUGGAAUAUUUACCACAAAAUAGAAAAAUUAUUGAAACUUAAUUCUGAGAUUUCACAAUUUUGUGUAAUUUCUCAUUUUUUUUCCUUGAAGCUUUAAUAAUACUAUUUAAAAAAGAGUGUGAACUAGCUUUAGAAAGUAGUUAUAUCCUUUCCCAAAUGUUAUUUUGUUUGAAAGUUACCUGGGUUGAAUUUUACACCUGCAAAAAAUGUUUUUUUAAUACUGCUUUUGUAGUCUGUCCUUAUCUGUGGUGUCAGCCCACAGGAACUACAACCCCAAAA